AUGAUGUCCCAAGAUACUAUUACUCGUAGUAGUACUUCUGUCCCUGUCAGCAGGGAAAAAAUCAUGGAGCCAUUAUAUGCUAGCUCCUGUGCAUCGACCCCACCAGACAAAGUAACUUCAAAUGAGCCGGAGUAUUCAAGUGCUCUGAAUCCCGUGGGUGGAAUCCCCGAGAAACCUCUCAAGGAAUACAUUACAGUGAUGUUUAUGUGUUUGAUGAUCGCAUUCGGCGGGUUCGUCUUCGGUUGGGAUACUGGUACGAUUUCCGGUUUCGUUAACCAUACCGAUUUCAUUGUAAGAUUUGGCCAAUUUGAUCCGGCAAGGCAAUCUUUUUAUCUAUCUGAUGUCAGAAUAGGUCUAAUCGUGUCCAUUUUCAAUAUUGGUUGUGCGCUGGGUGGUUUAACAUUGAGCCAUCUUGGUGAUAUUUAUGGUCGUCGCAUUGGCUUAAUGGUCGUGGUUUUGGUGUACGUUGUUGGGAUCAUUAUUCAAAUUUCUUCAACUGACUUAUGGUAUCAAUAUUUUAUUGGGAGAAUUGUGUCCGGACUUGGUGUUGGUGCUAUUGCUGUUCUUUCGCCUGCUUUAAUUUCUGAAAUUUCACCUAAACAUUUGAGAGGUACCUGCGUCUCCUUUUAUCAAUUAAUGAUUACGUUGGGUAUCUUCUUGGGUUACUGCACUAAUUAUGGUACCAAAAGGUAUACCAACUCUAUUCAAUGGAGACUUCCUUUGGGACUGUGCUUUGCAUGUGCCAUCUUUAUGAUUGUCGGUAUGCUGUUAGUGCCAGAGUCUCCACGGUACUUGGUGGAAAAGGAAAGGCUUGAUGAAGCUAGAAUAUCCUUGGCUAAAUCCAAUAAAUUACCAGUCGACGACCCAGGUGUUGCAUUUGAAUUAGAGCUCAUCACAGCGGGCGUUGAAGCAGAAAGGCUUGCGGGGAAUGCUACUUGGAGCGAGUUAUUCUCUAGAAAGGGUAAAAUCUUACAACGUGUGGUGAUGGGUGUCAUGAUUCAAUCCUUACAGCAAUUGACUGGUAAUAACUAUUUUUUUUACUAUGGUACUACGAUUUUCAACGCUGUUGGUUUGGAGGAUUCUUUCCAAACCUCGAUAAUCCUAGGGCUCGUUAAUUUCCUAUCAACCUUUGUCAGUUUAUGGGUCGUAGACAGAUUUGGCCGCCGUAAAUGUCUGUUGUGGGGUUCCGCCUCCAUGGCAGCAUGUUUUGUCGUAUUUGCAUCUGUCGGUGUCACAAGUUUAUGGCCGAACGGAAGAGACCAGCCAUCUUCAAAAGGUGCUGGUAACGCCAUGAUUGUUUUUACCUGUUUUUUCAUCUUCUGUUUUGCAACAACUUGGGCACCAAUUGCAUACGUGAUUGUCGCUGAAAGCUAUCCAUUGCGAGUCAAGAACCGUGCAAUGGCUAUCGCUGUUGGCUCUAACUGGAUAUGGGGGUUUGUCAUUGCAUUCUUCACUCCAUUCAUUACUAGUGCCAUUAAUUUUUACUAUGGCUACGUGUUCAUGGGUUGUUUGGUAUUUUCCUUCUUCUAUGUUUUCUUUUGCGUUUGUGAGACUAAAGGUUUGACCCUCGAAGAGGUAAAUGAGAUGUACGAAGAAGGUGUCUUACCUUGGAAAUCUGUGAACUGGGUGCCAAGAAAGAUGAGAGUUUUGGAAGAUAACGUUGAGGUAGUUCACAUCGAUGGAGUGAGUUUUCUGCCUAGUGCCUCUCCCAAACUAUACUAG